AUGAAAGGGUGCGGGGAAUCCAUCAAUGAUCUGAUGAUCAUGGAGAGAAUUAUGAGAUCGUUACCACGGAAGUUUGACUAUAUAGUUGUUGCAAUAGAAAAGUCUAAAGAUCUUUCAAAGAUGAAGAUUGAAGAGCUUCAAAGUUCACUAGAAGCCCAUAAAAUGAGGAUGAUUGAUAGGAAUCCAGUCAACAACGAUGAACAGGUCUUGAAAGUGCACCAUUCAAGAAAUGAUGAGAAGAAAAAGUCAAAGAAGUGGAAAGGGAAACAUACAAAAGGGAGUUGGAAGGAUUAUAAGACUAAGGAUGAUAAGUUUGUAUCAGUGGAGAAAGAUGGAAGAGCAGAGAAGAAUUAUCCAAAGAAGUAUAAAAUAAGUAUCGAAUGCUUCAACAGUCACAAGUAUGGACAUUUCGCAUAUGAGUGUUAUGCGGAGAAAGGGAAACAAAAGAAACAUCAAGGAAAAGAAGCGCAUGUUGCUCAGGAGGAUUCAAAUUCAGAACUGCUAACCUUGAUGGUGACUACUUCGGUUGAAAGCUCUAGUUCUCAUGCUGACUUAUGGUUCCUAGACUCUGGGUGCUCAAACCAUAUGACGUGCCAUCAAGAAUGGCUAAUUAAUUUUGAUGCCAUGAAGAAGAGUAAAGUAAAGUUUGUAGAUGACAGUACUCUGAAGGUGGAGGGCAUGGGAAAUGUUGUGAUUCGAAGGAAGAAUAGCUCGCAUGCUAUGAUCACUGGCGUGCUUCUUGUUCCUGACAUGAAGUGCAAUCUGUUAACCGUUGGACAGUUGAUCCAAAGAGGGUUUAAAGUGGUGAUGGAAGAUAACAAGGUCGAGCUAUUUGAUGGUGACAAGAAUUUAAUCUUGAGAAGCAAGAUUUCCAAGAACAGAACAUUUCAGAUUAGCCUGGAAGCGGUAGAAAGUUCUGAGUGCAUGACUUUAGUGAAGAAUAGUGAUGAGAGCUGGCUAUGGCACCUGAGGUAUGGUCAUCUGAAUUUCAAGAGUUUGCAGCAACUCAGUAUGAAGGAAAUUGUUUCUGGCCUGCCCGAAAUCAUCUUGCCAGAGGAGGCACAUGUUGAAAGGGAAAGUGGUAGACAGCUGAAGAUACUUAAGAUAGACGGGGGAGGAGAAUAUACCUUUGCCGCUUUCGAGAGUCAUUGCCAGAUGCAUGGGAUCACUCAUGAGAUCACCGCUCCAUACAUUCCUCAGCAUAACGGGCUUGCAAAAAGGAGGAACUGA